GUCUUGGGUUACACCAGCACUAACAACAGGUAGUAUUGCACACAGGCAGCUUCUGGGAAGUCGCCGCCCCAUCUCUGGCUAGAAGCCCUGCAGGUGAUGAUAAACAAGUUCCUGUGGAAUUGUGGGUAGAUACUGGACUUGUAAACUAAAGGCUUCACAAGCACCUCUUUGCUUAAUCUUUUUCUCCUCCUUUCCCCAGGGUGCACGGAACCCUCAAGCACUAGGACCGUGUGGAAUCCAGGCUGCGAUGGCACCUUCAUUCACUGCCCGCAUUCAGUGGUUUCUCUUGCGUGCGCUAGGCUUUCUCAUAGGCCUAGUAGGCCGAGCAGCUUUAGUCUUAACGGGCCCCAAGUUUGCCUCAAAGACCCCCCGGCCGGUGACUGAACCAUUGCUUCUACUUUCUGGAAUGCAGCUGGCCAAGCUGAUCCGACAGAGAAAGGUGAAAUGCACAGAUGUUGUUCAGGCUUAUAUCAACAGAAUCAAGGAUGUGAACCCAAUGAUCAAUGGAAUUGUCAAGUGCAGAUUUGAGGAGGCGAUGAAGGAGGCUCAUGCUGUAGAUCAAAAGCUUGCAGAGAGGCAGGAAGAUGAAGCCAGCCUGGAAAAGAAAUGGCCCUUCCUUGGAGUUCCUUUCACAGUCAAGGAAGCUUUCCAGCUGCAAGGAAUGCCCAAUUCUUCUGGACUCAUGAACCGUCGUGAUGCCAUUUCCAAAACAGAUGCUGCUGUGGUAGCAUUACUGAAGGAAGCUGGUGCGAUUCCCCUUGGCAUAACCAACUGUAGUGAGUUGUGUAUGUGGUAUGAAUCCAGUAACAAGAUCUAUGGCCGAUCCAACAACCCAUAUGAUUUACAGCAUACUGUAGGUGGAAGUUCUGGUGGUGAGGGCUGCACACUGGCAGCUGCCUGCUCAGUGAUCGGUGUGGGCUCUGAUAUUGGUGGUAGCAUUCGAAUGCCUGCUUUCUUCAAUGGUAUAUUUGGACACAAGCCUUCUCCAGGUGUGGUUCCCAACAAAGGGCAGUUUCCCUUGGCUGUGGGAGUCCAGGAGUUGUUUCAGUGCACUGGUCCAAUGUGCCGCUAUGCUGAAGACCUGACCCCCAUGUUGAAAGUCAUGGCAGGACCUGGGAUCAAAAGGUUAAAACUAGAUGCAAAGGUACAUUUAAAAGACUUAAAAUUUUACUGGAUGGAACAUGAUGGAGGCUCAUUUUUAAUGUCCAAAGUGGAUCAAGAUCUCAUUUUGGCUCAGAAAAAGGUUGUGGUUCACCUUGAAACUAUUCUAGGAGCCUCAGUUCAGCACAUUAAACUGAAGAAAAUGAAGUACUCUUUUCAGUUGUGGACCGCAAUGAUGUCAGCAAAGGGACAUGAUGGAAAGGAACCCUUGAAAUUUGUGGAUUUGCUUGGUGACCAUGGGAAACAUGUAACUCCCCUGUGGGAGUUGAUCAAAUGGUGCCUGGGUCUGUCAGUGUACACCAUCCCUUCCAUUGGACUGGCUUUGUUGGAAGAAAAGUUCAAAUAUAACAAUGAGAAAUACCAAAAGUUUAAGGCAGUGGAAGAAAGCCUGCGUAAAGAGCUGGUGGAGAUGUUAGGUGAUGAUGGUGUGUUCUUAUACCCCUCACAUCCCACAGUGGCACCUAAGCAUCAUGUUCCUCUGACACGGCCUUUCAACUUUGCUUACACAGGUACCUAAUUGUAUUUCUUGCAUUCUAUAAAUCUU